CCCCCGGACGCGUCUGCAGCUGGUCCGCGCCCUCGCCCACAGCCUCCCGCCGCAUGUUGCUUCGCGUCGGCCCGGCCGCGCUCCCCCGAGUUCUGCGCGCUCUCGGGCCCGCUCCCGUCGCCUCCAUGAGCACCGGCACCUUCGUCGUUUCGCAGCCGCUCAACUACCGCGGCGGAGCCCGCGUGGAGCCGGCGGACUCCUCGGGCGCGGAGAAGGAGAAGGCGUACGAGCCGGCCACCGGCCGGGUGAUAGCCACUUUCACGUGCUCCGGAGAAAAGGAGGUGCAUUUGGCUGUUCAAGAUGCAAAGGCCGCCUUCAAGAUAUGGAGGCAGAAGUCCGGCCUGGAGCGGGGCCGCGUCCUCUUGGAGGCUGCCCGGAUCAUACGGGAGCGGAAGGAUGAGAUCGCCACCGUGGAGACCAUCAACAACGGCAAGUCCGUCUUCGAGGCCCGCUGGGACGUCGACACCUGCUGGCAAUGCCUGGAGUACUACGCGGGCCUGGCUGGCUCCAUGGGCGGCGAGCACGUCCAGCUCCCAGGCGGGUCCUUCGGUUACACCAGGCGGGAGCCGCUGGGCGUGUGCGUGGGCAUAGGGGCCUGGAACUACCCCUUCCAGAUCGCCUGCUGGAAGUCGGCCCCGGCCUUGGCUUGUGGAAACGCCAUGGUCUUCAAGCCGUCCCCGUUCACGCCCGUGUCCGUGCUGCUGCUGGCUGAGAUCUACACCCAGGCCGGGGCGCCCCCCGGCCUCUUCAACGUGGUGCAGGGCGGGGGCGCCACGGGCCAGCUCCUCUGUCAGCACCCCGACGUGGCCAAGGUCUCCUUCACCGGCAGUGUGCCCACCGGCGCGAAGGUCAUGGAGGCCUCGGCGAGAGGAAUCAAGCCCGUCACCUUGGAGCUGGGAGGCAAGUCUCCUCUGAUCAUCUUCUCGGACUGCGACCUGGAGAACGCCGUGAAGGGGGCGCUGAUGGCCAACUUCCUCACGCAGGGCGAGGUUUGUUGUAAUGGCACCAGGGUGUUUGUGCAGAAGGAGAUUCUGGGUAAAUUCACAGAGCAGGUGGUGAAGCGGACCCAAAAGAUAAAAAUUGGGGACCCCCUUCUGGAAGACACCAGAAUGGGCCCCCUCAUCAACCGGCCGCACCUGGAGCGCGUCCUUGGGUUUGUCAAAGUGGCCAAGGAGCAGGGGGCCAAGGUGCUGUGUGGGGGAGAGCCGUACGUGCCCGAAGACCCCAAACUGAAGGACGGCUAUUACAUGAGCCCCUGCGUGCUGACGGACUGCCGAGACGACAUGACGUGCGUGCAGGAGGAGAUCUUCGGGCCGGUCAUGUCCAUCCUGUCCUUCGACACCGAAGCCGAGGUCCUGGAGAGAGCCAACGCCACCCCGUUCGGGCUGGCCUCCGGCGUCUUCACCAGGGACGUCCAGCGCGCCCACCGCGUGGCGGCCGAGCUGCAGGCCGGAGUCUGCUACGUCAACAACUACAACGUCAGCCCCGUGGAGCUGCCCUUCGGCGGGUACAAGAAGUCAGGGUUCGGCAGAGAGAACGGCCGGGUCACGAUGGAGUACUACUCCCAGCUGAAGACCGUGUGCAUGGAGAUGGGCGACGUGCAGUCCGUUUUCUGAGCGCGGCCCUGAGGGCUGGGGACGCGCAGAGCGCGAAUGCCGCCCGGCGUCCCCCCGUCACUCAGCUGUGCCCCCGUCACUCGGCCGUCCCCCCGACGGAAAGUGUGCAGAAGUGCCUUAGAUUCUAAUCAAGAGAGCCAUGAUGUCCUGCAGUUCGAGUUUCCCUGUGACCCUGAGCAGCAGUAACACACAUCCGGGUUGGGCGGACUCUGCCCCGCCCCCAGACCCGCCCCUGCCCGCCCCCUGCCCGUCCCCUGCAUGCUCCGUCCUCUCUCUAGCUUCCUGCAACCAACCGCCUCCUUUCCGGUGCCUGGUGGACCCUGGACAGAGGGCUCGCUGACGUGUUCUCAGCUCCCGCCCCUUGUCACUCGGGGGGCCGGGCACUGGAUGAGCCCCUCCAGGGGAGCGCUGACUUGCCAGAGGAAGCGCCGCGUUCCCCCGGGGCUGCGUCUUGGGCCUUCAGCUUGCUCUCCUGUGUCCCAGCAGUUCCCUGUUAAAUGGUCAGGUUAUUUCUGCCACUGCGCUGUGCCGGAGUUCAAUAAAUCACAUGCUAAUC